GAGAUUGCAAACAUGAUAGUGUAAUCAUGGACCUACACAGCUAUAUAAAUACUUCUUGUAAGAACCAACCUCCAUCAUACACAGCAAUAACACUAACAAAGCAAGAUUACACUAUUGUUUUUCACAUUUCUCUUCGUCUUUGAUUAUGAGUCAGAGCACAGCAACGAAGGUUUCCAGGUUGCUUCUGGGGCAACUUGGCCCUCGUUUCUUGUCAAACACAGCCACUUUUUCUAGGCCUGCAACUGCAGGCAUGAGCUCGACCAGAUUUGCUUCUUAUGGGGUCCGAGGUUGGAGUGCUUCAGCACCACCUGUUAUGCCAGGUGAAGAGGAGAAACCAAAGGCAGCUGCAAAUUCAUUUACUACAGAAGAUGGUAAGGCCAUCGUGAGCUAUUGGGGUGUGACUCCCCCCAAGAUCACCAAGGAGGAUGGCACAGCUUGGAAGUGGAACUGCUUCAGGCCAUGGGAGUCAUACAAACCUGACAUCUCAAUUGAUGUGAAGAAGCACCAUAAGCCUGGUACAACAAUGGAUAAAUUUGCCUACUGGACCGUCCAGGUCCUCAAAUACCCCACUUACUUAUUCUUCCAGAGACGGCAUAUGUGCCAUGCCAUGCUGCUAGAGACAGUAGCUGCAGUUCCAGGCAUGGUUGGAGGGAUGCUCUUGCAUUGCAAAUCACUACGGCGAUUCGAGCAAAGUGGGGGCUGGAUAAAAGCUCUUUUAGAAGAAGCUGAGAACGAGCGGAUGCAUCUUAUGACCUUCGUUGAAAUAGCUAAGCCCCAGUGGUACGAACGAGCCCUUGUAUUUGCUGUCCAAGGUGUCUUCUUCAAUGCUUAUUUUCUGGCAUAUUUAGCCUCUCCGAAGCUUGCACACCGUAUAGUAGGGUACUUGGAAGAGGAGGCGGUGAACUCCUACUCAGAGUUCCUCGAGGACUUGGACAAUGGUAGUUUUGAGAACGUGCCUGCCCCUGCUAUUGCCAUUGACUACUGGCGCUUGCCUCCCAACUCCACGCUUCGUGAUGUUGUGUUCGUUAUAAGAGCUGAUGAAGCACACCACCGAGACCUUAACCACUACGCAUCGGACAUUCAAUGUCAAGGACAAGAGUUAAAGCAUACACCUGCUCCAAUCGGAUAUCAUUAAUUCUUUAAGGCGGUCCUGAUAUUAUGGAAGUGUGUGUGUAGCGUUGACAUGCUCCCAAAGCCAUCAGAUUCAUUCCAUUGUACUGCGUUAUUCUUUAAAAAUAAAUUAGCUUUUUUGUAUUCUUUGAUA